AUGAAGGUGACAGCCUGCAGCAUCGUGCUUGUGGCGUUGUCCUUGCUGCUUGUGUGCGUCGCGGCGUCGAUUGAAGAUGGUACGGCGCACGUAAGCUACAACGGCCGAGUGGCGUUCAACGCGAGCGAGCCCCAUCACGUGCAGUUUGAUUGGUCGGGCAUCGAGAUCCGUGCUUCUGGCGUUGAAGGAGGCAGCGGCCAACUGUUGAUUCUUCUCAACGAGCCGCAGACGCCGGGAAACAUCUACGAGGUGAUUAUCGAUGGCGUCGUUUAUCCUCGCCUCAACACCACCUCCGCCAAGAAGGCUUACGUGCUGGCGACGAACCUGAAGCCGGGCAAGCAUGAAGUGCUCGUGCGCAAGCUCACCGAGGCCUUCUUCGGUGUUGUGAGCUUCAUGGGCUUCCUCCAGUCCGACGGCCAGGUCAUCUUCAACCCGCCCACCUCCAACGUACGACGCUUCCCGCUCGACUUCACGUGCGGCUACGGCGUGGAGGGCCACCACCCGUGCAGCUUCAGCCCCUACACUGAGAACUACUCCAAGUACAGCAACGGCAGCCAAUCUUGUUGGUCUUGCUUCGUCGUCAUAUCGACCUACGCAGCGGUGAUCGCGAGGACCGUGGGCGCUCAGUACCACGUCGAGUGCUGGAGCGGCAAGGGUGUCGUCCGGAACUACGACUGGCCCAACAUCACGGCGCCAGAACCGUUCCCCGUCGACUUCCCGCGCACGCUGGCCAACGUGGCCACGUCGUCCUGGGACUUCAACGAGUGGCAGCCGCACGCGGUGCUCGUGAACAUCGGCUCGAAUGACUACUCCACCAAGCCCACUCCUCCCCCGGAGCUCUUUGAGUCUCGCGCCAAGGCGUUCAUGGAGGGUAUCCGUGCCAACCCAUCAUGGGCGGGGACGUGUGCGAGUACAUCAAGAAGGCCGUCUCGCAGGUGCGCAACGCGCACUACAUCGAUAUCCAGAACGUUCUCGACAUCCCUCAGGACCUCGGUUGCGACAGCCACCCCAACGGUGGGCCAACAGAAAAUGGCAAACGCCAUCCUUCCCGUGGUGCGGGAGGCCAUGGGCUGGCAUUGA